CGCCGUUCUGUGUUGUAUUCUGUGAUUGGUUACGUGGGCCGGUAUGCUUUUGUUAGUCAGGCUCGGAUUGGUCGAGAGGCGUCACAUGAUGCUAAUUGGUGUGUUUGCCUUUCAUUCGAAAAAGACAAUAUGGCGAAUUUGUAGCUUGGGGUGAAAUUUUGUCAACUUUACAACCACGAUUAAGUGCUGUUUCGUACGGUAACGCAAGCCCCGAUAUCGCCGGAGUGGAAGAAUAUCUUUCUCUGUUGACUAAGCUCGGAUCCGAUCGCUAACCACGGCUGCUGUUCAGGUGUUACAGCGGUGGAAGUCGAGUUCUGUUCCGGGUCUUGAUCAGCUUGGGCCCCGUCAGUACAUCCCCCAGCCCGGCUACCAAGACACCAUGGCAGACGAAAACGAGCUCGUUUGCGCGUCAGAAUUCAUCAAAGAUCGCCUUUACUUCGCUACUCUACGAGGCAAGCCACGAUCGACAGCAAACACACACUACUUCUGUGUAGAUGAUGAACUGGUCUAUGAAAACUUCUAUGCAGACUUUGGCCCGCUGAAUCUGGCUAUGGUGUACAGAUACUGCUGUAAACUCAACAAGAAACUCAAGUCUUUCUCGCUAGCAAAGAAGAAGAUUGUCCACUACACGAGUUUUGACGCCCGUAAGCGAGCCAACGCCGCGUAUCUCAUAGGCUCCUACGCGAUCAUCUACCUAAAGAUGACACCAGAGGAGGCCUACAGACCUCUCGUCAGCGGAAACAACCCCCCUUUCCUACCUUUCAGGGAUGCGUCCUUUGGUGCUUGUACAUACAAUCUCAACCUCAUUGAUGCACUCCAUGGAAUGUACCGGGCUCUACAAAACGGCUUUAUCAACUUUGAGACCUUCGACGUGGACGAAUAUGAACAUUAUGAGAAAGUAGAAAACGGAGAUUUCAACUGGAUAGUGCCCAACAAGUUUCUAGCAUUCUCAGGUCCCCAUCCCAAGAGCAAAAUAGAAAAUGGCUACCCACUUCACGCGCCGGAAGCGUACUUCCCGUACUUCCGGAAGCACAACGUCACGACCAUCAUCCGCCUCAACAAGAAGAUCUACGACGCGCGCCGCUUCACGGACGCGGGAUUCGACCACUACGAUUUGUUCUUCGUGGACGGGAGCACGCCGAGCGAUAGCAUAGUUAGGAGAUUCAUUCAGAUCUGUGAAAAUGCAGAGGGAGCGAUAGCUGUCCACUGUAAAGCUGGCCUGGGCAGGACAGGCACCCUGAUUGGCUGUUACAUGAUGAAGCACUUCCGCUUCACGGCAGGCGAGUGUAUCUCCUACAUCAGAAUAUGCCGUCCUGGAUCCAUCAUCGGCCCUCAACAACACUGGCUCGAGGAACAACAAGCGAAGAUGUGGGUGCAGGGAGACAUCUUCCGCGCCAAACAGAAGGAGAACAAGUUGAAGGACAGGGCGACCGUGUCCCGGAUCCUGUCCGGCGUGGACGACAUCUCUAUCCAGGACACCGACCGUGCCUACCAGAACAACGACUACGUCGACUAUGAGGAGGAGUACGUGCCACCCGUCACGCGAAGCAGCCUGUCCAUGACGCAAGGCGACAAACUGCGACAGAUCAAAGCCCGCAAACACCCGCGAUCCGCAAGCACGGGAGCCAUCAAACUGGACGACGCCAAAAUGCAUUCUAGGUCAUCAUCUCAACCCUUUAGGAUAUCGUCCAAUAACAGCCAAGGUGUCAUGUCCCCGCUAAAGUCUUCCAAGGUCAGCUCCAGCUCCUCCGUCAUCAAGCGAACCACCCGGAGCACGGCCAGUACCGCCACCGCAGCGUUAAAAAGCUCUCUCCGUCUUGCUUCAUCCCAACCCAUCAUACACCACCGGCGAAAAGACCGCGACCGAAUCCACAAGUCCAUGGAGAAAACGGACGAAAUCAAAGUGGCCGAAUUGUCCCGGGGGAACAAUAAACUGUCCGAUAUAACGGCCGCCGAUUUCCGUGGCUCGCCCGUCAUCAAAUAUAACACCCGAAGCACUAACGCACCGCUCAAGCCAACGCAUACAUACUACUAGAGCCUCCCUCCACCAUUAGACAUCAACAUCAUGGCAGAGGGGGUUGUGGGUAAAGUAGUGUAUUCUGGGUAAUGCACUGCACUUUUUCAGUGGAAAGAUGACUGAAACAAGUGAGCACAAACCUUGUGGGUAAUUUGUAAUUGAGACUAUAGGGGGGUUGUAUGAUUAUUUACAAUUGUGUAAAACAGCAAGGGGAAUUCCAAAACGAUGCCUUACAUGUAGGUAGUUAAGGUUGGGGUAUGAAUGGCUGGAAUACACAGUCCCUGUUAACACUGACAACAAAACUGGGCAGAGUGUAUUUCAGCCAGCCAAUCCCAUGCCUUGUAAGAUUUUGAUGGUACUGCCAUCCAAAACCUCUGUAUAUUUUAGAUGGUCAGUAAGGAGAAUCUACACUGAUCCAAUGUUGACUGCAUGUUUUUAGGCAAAGUAGAAGCAUCACUGAAUGGAUGUGUUUGUACAUUUUGAAGCUGCUAGUUGGAACAACGUAAGUCCUUUGGUUUGCAAAUUUGAGAAAAAUCUUGCAUUUUGGGCAAAAACUUUUAAAACCAAAUUUCUAUUGAAACACAAAUGAAAAAACAACUAUGAUUCUUACAAUGAAAACCUGUAAAUUUGUAAAAGGACAUUUGUGAAAUGUCUGUGAACACUUGUUGUUCCUUUUCCUGACACAUUUGUAAUUACAAACAAUAUAUUGUGUGAAUUUUUCAGUGAAAGAUAACGAGUAUUUAUCUUGUGUGUGUGUCAGCAAACUGAUAGGAUUUGUCCAAGCAGCUUGAAAAUGGGAAAAAAAUGAUGACAAGCAAUAAUUAACAAAAGGAUAUAUCUAUAUAAGAGGUGCAUGGUAUGUGAGAGUGUAGAGCACUUUAGAUACUAUUUGUACAACACUUUCAAACUGUGAACUGUUUGAAUACACAUGUACAGCAAGUGGUUUUUCCUGUAAUAAGAACAGCAACCAAUGGCGAGCUUUGUAGAGGGGGUGACCCCAGGUUUCCAUGGUUACUAAUCCCUUAUAUGGGCAUCGUGUCAGGAUUGGCUAAGAGACAGCAAUUUCCCAUGAUCCUGUUCAUUCAAACAUCUCUGGUUGUCAGAAUAUUCUACAAACAAAAGAAAGCUCUGCACAAUGUCAUUUUACAGACUAGUAAAAUUUCUGGGGAAUUUUUUACUGGGAGUUUGUAAGUUAAGACCCAGUAUUGACUAUAACUGCAGACCAUGCAGAAAUCUAUGCACCUGUAACAUUGAUAACACUUUGGGGAAGUCAACAAUACUAUUGUAUAGGCAUGAAGCAUUACAUACUAUAAUGUAUGUAUUUGAUAAUGGCAUAAUUAUAGGCCAUUGUUUUAUACAAAAACAGUGAUGUAAAUGACAAAAACAAUAUUGUCUAUUUUUGUAUAGAAAAAAAUCACAAAUUUGAGAAAUUACGGUGAAGGACACUUAAUUGUACUUAAUUAGGUCAUAAAAAAACAGCAUGUUGCGACUGAUGACAGUUUAGUACAGGUGUUCUUAAAAUCUUUUAGUGGACCAUUCUAAAUCUUUUGGUUUUAAAUUAUUGGCAAGUAGGUAUUUUAAGUCUGAUGUCUGUUGGGAGUGAUUAUUUCGGUCGGGGUCUUGUGAGGCUAGUAAGGGGUUUUCCAGCAUGGUGAUACUUGUUUACACUAACCAGUGAUCAAAGGUGGUGUAUGGGGGGGCACCCAAGUCAUUUUGUACAGUAAUACUGUAGUAGUGCUUGAUAUGAAGCAUAGUGCUCGAUUUCUUGGCUGUACCGUUGUAAUCCCUAAUUAUGCAGAGGUGCGCCAAAUUCUUCAAACUUCAGAAUAAUCCUAAUCUUAGCUUGAUUUUAGCAUUAUAAGGGACCAAUUAUUACUCAGAAUUCCUUGAUUUUAGGUCAUAUUUGUAAGUGCUCAUGUUUUGAAACAAAGGGUUGCAUUGGCUGUGUUUGCUUGUCAUUGCAUCUAAGUAUAGUUUGGCACUAAUUAGAAGAAAGAGUAGAUAUAGGCAGCUAGUGAACGUGUGUGUAGUGUGGUUUUUGUUUGUCGAUGUCCUUUUUUUCUCACUUUAUGGACGUCCUAUAUCUGUAGUGUUCUCAGAUUUUCCUAAUGACUUUACAUUUUGUCGAAACGGUUUUGCGGAAGUGACUUACAAGCAAGCCUGUUUGCUAUUUGGUUAUGUUCUAUGUUCAGGUUGAAGAUGUGGGAUUUGGUUUUAUUUCUUUGGUUGUCUAUUUUGAGCUUUGCCACCAAAGAGAAGGAUAGAGUUGAUCAUAUUUCGGUAAAAUUCUGUAGCAGAUGAAAACUACUGGCAAAAAUAUAUAUACGUACAUAGAUUUUGCUGUAAAAAACAAAAAGAUAAAAGCACCACAUAUAAAUUGACACAUAACCUAAAAAUUGUAAGCAUUCGGCAAUUGGUUUACACAGAAUAGCACAAUACAUUUUGUAAUACUAGUACUGCAAUGUCAGUAUGUGAACUUCUCUCGAUUUAAGUGAU